UAUAGUGUGCAUUUGUUUGAUGCAACUUCAUGCGUUCGCGCAGUUAGCCUCAGAAUGCUACCCAGGCGGCUAUCGGACCUUGCAGAACCCAUAUCGCAGCAUCGAUUUUGACUCAACGGAACUGCAGCACACAGCCAUCCAGGACCUGAUCUGUGACCAUUCACUGCCUCCGGGCUGGUACCGCUUCAUGAUCGAUAACAAACCAGCAGAGAUGCCAACCAGCUGUGUGGAAAUGAACAGGUGCGGGACCCAGGCCCCCGUGUGGCUGUCCCUGAAGGACAGCUCCCUGCCUCGCCCCGGGGAGGUCAGGCAGCUGUCGGCCUGCGCCACCUGGCAGUUCUUCCACGGCAGCACGAAGGACUGCUGCCUCUUCCGCAUCCCCGUCUCCGUGCGCAACUGCGGCGACUUCUUCGUCUACUACCUGCAGCCCACGCAGGGGUGCAUGGGCUACUGCGCCAAAGUGAUUACGGAAUUCAGGCUGAAACUUUGCCCACCAGGUGAAGUGGAAGUCAAUGGCAUUUGUCAAGCAAGUCUCCCCUCUGUGUCGUCCAAGCCAGCCAUCACCCCAGAGCUGGUGGGCAGCAGCAUCCACCUGCGAUGCGCGUUCCGAACCGUGACGUCCACUCUGCCCAUGGGCUACCUCGUGGUGUGGUCACGCCACCUGCCCUCCGGCAUGAAGGAGGAGAUCAGAAGGGCCUCCACCCUGCAGUCGUUCUCUUUGGUGGAGAUGGACGGAAUUCACUUUAAGCUGGGAGACACGAUUUCCUGUAGUGUCUCCACUUUCCUGAGGAACUCCACGAGCACACAGUCAAUGUCCAGGGAAAGUGAUGCUUUUUUUGCUGGAAUCCGGUUCACACCAGAAACUCUGCACAUCAUGGAAGACGGUAAAGAGCACCACCUGACCAUCCACAGCACUGUGCCCGUGCACUGUCACGGGGGCGAGCAGAACCGCCACUGCUCUCUCUCCGUCCACCUCAGCGUCCAUGAUGCAGACAGCCUAGGCCUGGAAGCCCCCAAUGUGGCCCUCUCGGCGUGCCAGGUGGACCUGCAGCCAACGCCAUGCAGGGAGGGCAGCUGCGCCCAGGCGACCCUGCUGCUGACGGCCGUAACCGACUUCACCCGCGACGGGAACCGAGUCAGCCUUCUCAGCGCCACGGCCGCCCGUGACAGCCCCCGCCUCUGGAGGGGCUACGCCCCCGCACCUCUGAAGGUGAUGGUUCAGGACAUUCCCACUGCAAGUUGCUACUCUUUGACCGACCCUCACAUUAUUACAUUUGAUGGCAGGCGCUACGACAACCACCAGACGGGUACGUUUGUGCUGUACAGGAGCCUGCACCGGGAGUUCGAGGUCCAGUCCCGGCAGUGGGACUGCGGCAGCCGGCACUACGCCGUGGCCUGCAACUGCGGAGUGGCAGCCCGUGAGGGGAACGACGUCGUCACCUUCGACAUGUGCAACGGGCAGCUGCAGGAGACCCGCCCCCAGCUGUCCGUCAAGAGCCUGGGCGCCGUGGUGUCUGAGCACCUCAAGAUCCUGGAGACCCAUCAUGGCAAGAAAGUCACUAUCCUGUUCCCCUCCGGGGCCUUUGUGCGGGCAGAUGUGAGUGACUGGGGAAUGAGCCUGUCCGUCAGGGCACCCAGUGUGGACUUCAACAGCACCCGGGGCCUGUGCGGAACCUUCGACCGCAGCAGCCACAACGACUUCCACCACCCUGACGGCACCGCCCACAGGACCGGCAACCCCGAGAACUUCAUUGAGGAUUGGAGGAUAGCGCCUGGAGAGAGCUUGUUUGACACCACGCCCCCCGCUAUAGAAAAGGAGAUCAAGCCUAAUUUCUGCCGGUGUCAGAAAGGAUACAGCAUGUCUCUCCACGCGACGAGCAGGGCGGACGGUUCGUUUAAUCGCCUGCCUUCAUCGCACUGCCUCUCUCACGAUGAUGUGGAUUACACAUCCGUCUUCCCCUCCAUGGAUGUCACCUCCGAAUAUGUCGACAGUCCCAGGGGGGAGCGCGCCGUUCAGAAACGGGACACGUCAAGUUCUGAGUUUUCCAAGAGGCCUAAGAAGGAAGCACCGUUGUAUCCAGAGGUGGACAGUCCAAAUCUGGAAGGGUCAGUAGUGAUUAACCGCACAGACCCAAAGUGGGAGUCUGGGAAGGAGCCAGGAAGAGCUGAGAGCAGGCAAAGGAGGCAGGGUGACUAUGAGUACCAGCCCGUCUUUAUGUUCCAGAGCCUCACCCAGGCAGAUCUGGAGAGCUUCACCUACUUCUUCCCCGAGGACCACCUGUCAGCGAGCCGGCCGUCUGCGCGGCCCACCUGGCCCACGCCCAGCGGGCUGACCUCGGUUAAGGCCCUGGAGAUCUGCCAGCUGGCCCUGGCCAACUCCACGGUGGGCGCAGUGUGCAAGGAGCUGCUGGGCAGGCGGUUGGACGAGGCGGUGGACCUGUGCAUCCUGGACCUGCAGCUGAAGGACGACCUGGCCUGGGAGGAGGGCCUGGUGCCCUUCCUGGAGAACGAGUGUGAGAGGAGGCUGCUGGAGAACAGGACUCUGCAGUCCCAUGAGCUGGGAGGCUCCGCCGGGACCCCGGGCGAGGUGGUCACAGCCCUGAAGUGCCCUAAUUUCUGCAAUGGGAAUGGGCACUGCACCGAGUGGGGCUGCCAGUGCUUUCCAGGACACAGCUUCUACGACUGCAGCCUGACCAUCAGUCAGCCCAUUGAGCUCACAGACCUGGAGAACAGCGGUCUGUGCGACAUCCGAGCCUUCGACUGCAACAGGGUGCGUGUCUUUGGCCUGGGCUUCAUCGACUCGCCUGACCUGAGUUGCCACUUCACUAGACUGACGUACAUUAACGGUGAGUGGAGCCCUGGAGAGCAUCACAAGACUAAAGCCACCUUCCUGAGCUCCAAAGCUCUGGACUGUGCUGUUCCCCCUCUGAGCAACAUGGCUGCCGAGAUCAUGGACUUCAUGGUGGAUGACAAGCCCUUUGCCAGAUGGGAAGUGAAGGUGACUAAUGAUGGCUCCUUAUACAGCAAGCCCAGGGUGCUGACACUAUACGAUGGGGUGUGCCAGGUCUGUGACUCCUCUCCCCCCGGACUUUGUAAGUUAAAGGAGAAGUCGUGCAAUAUUGAUGGAAUGUGCUUUGCUGAAGGAGACCCCAAUCCCACCAGCCCUUGCCUCCUGUGUAAUCCAAGCACUUCCAAAUUCACAUGGUCCAUAAAUGAAAUCAAUCAUCCCCCCUCCUUCCACCAGCCUGUUGGCGGCCUGCAGACGUUUGUGGGGGAGAAUUUUGUUUACCAGUUCGCAGCGGCGGACCCAGAGGGCUCGGCGAUGCUGUUCCUGCUCGAGUCGGGUCCGCCCGACGCCUCCCUCUCCCCGGCCGGCCUGCUCAUCUGGAAAGUCCAUUCCGAGGAAGCGCAGACCUUUGAAUUUACAGUGUCGGAUGAAUGCAACGCACAGAGCAGAUACACAGUGGAGGUGGUGGUGAAGCCCUGCGGUUGUCUGAACGGAGGGACGUGUGUCACAAACAUCAACUUCCCCCCGGGGAGUGGUCAGUUCCUUUGCAUGUGCCCAGCGGGAUUCACGGGUGACCUCUGCCAGGAAAACAUUGACGAGUGCCUGUCCAACCCGUGCGGCACUGGCACCUGUCUCGACGCGGUCAAUAGCUUCCUGUGCGAGUGCCCCGCCGGGCUCCGAGGUGUUACGUGUCAAGAGGAUGUCAAUGAGUGCGAGAAGGCACCCUGCUUUCUCGGAGCCCUGUGCAUCAACAGCUUUGGGUCCUACAGGUGUGGGAGCUGCCCAGAUGGCUUGGAGGGAGAUGGGAAGACGUGUAAGGCUCCAAAGCGACCAGACACUGCUGGCCUCACCAGUGUACAAGUUCCCUUAUCCAGGACAGACGGUGUCAGUCCCAUCCUCCCAGAAACCCCUGAUGCAGCUGAGAAGACCCCAGUUCUAGUUAAUGUACCCAGCAAAAGUGGAAGAUCUGGCCCCUCCGCUCCUGUGGACACAAGGACAACAUGUCUCAGCAGGCCAUGUUUCCCGGGGGUGCAGUGCAUCGACCGUCGACCCCCCUACGUGGGCUACGUCUGCGGACGCUGCCCUCCGGGGUACUACGGCAACGGACGCACGUGUACAAAGUUAUCCCGAGCAGUUUCCCCUUCUCUGCAAUCACGGCUGACACAAACCAAGAGCAAGAGGAUCAAUUACAGCCUCAGCAAAGUGCCACAGCUCCACUUACCUGUUCUCCCCUCCAGGCGCCUCUCAUCACCUGUAAUGAGGACAAAUAAUGGCACCACCAGGCCCUUCCUAGUGCCCGAUCCAGGACCUGUCACUGAGAGGAGAGAGGCUGCGCUGCACGGCCCUCUUACACCCGCCCACGCUCACCAGCUCGGCCCCCAUGCUGAGCUCAACCCGCUCCCUUUAGCCAAUGGCAUUGCUGACACGGCACCCUUUAAUGGGACACUCAGGGAGAUGGCAGUUGAUGAGCCGUCCAGCUGGAUUCUCGGCAGCACGCCAAAGCCCCCGCGGGCUCAGACCCCCGCCCCGGGUGUGUCUCCGUGGAUAACGCUCCCUCGGACGUCCACGCGACACACCGGCGGGAGGCAGCCCACGAGGAAGCAGCACAACAACGUCGUAGCGACAAGGGUCAGACCCCCCCAGACCCCUCCCAGAACGGAGCUCCCGCUGACCUCGGCCCUGACCGCCGCCCUCUCCUCUUCGUCCUACGUCCUGUCGGAGUCCGAGUUCUCCGCCGACGGGGACGUGGGCGGGCUGGCCUCCGAGACGGCAGACCCCCUGCCGCUGCAGACUCGCGCUGUACCUGAGAGAAGGGGCGCCGGCGGCUCCUCCAUUCACGUCGCCCCCUCCCUGCACUCUCACCACACCCCGCAGAUCAGUAACACAGUCCUCCCUGAGGAGAAGAAGGUCACCUGCGCAGACAUGCCCUGUUUCGCUGGAGUUCACUGCGAGCCCACCAGCGAGGGGGGCUUCAGGUGCGGGAGGUGUCCCUUUGGGUACAUCGGAGAUGGGAGAGCCUGCAGAGCUGUGUGCAGGCAUUCAUGUGGGAGGAACAUGGAGUGCGCAGCUCCCAACACCUGCCGCUGUAAAGCAGGGUACACAGGGCACAGCUGUCACAUUGCAAUAUGCAAACCUGAGUGCAAGAAUGGAGGCCAGUGCAUUGCCCCUGAUGUGUGUGACUGCAUGAAGGGCUACCAUGGAGAGACAUGUGAAACUGCUCUAUGCAGUCUGCCCUGUGAACAUGGGGGUACCUGUGUGGGCCGAGACACAUGCUCCUGUCCGUAUGGUUUUGUUGGGCCCAGAUGCGAGACCAUGGUGUGUAGCAGACACUGUCAGAACGGCGGAGAGUGCGAGUCUCCCGAUGAAUGCAAAUGCCAGGCUGGCUGGACUGGACCCUCCUGCGAGACAGCCCUGUGUAAUCCUGUUUGUCUGAACGGAGGCACCUGUCACCGGCCGAAUACGUGUGUGUGUCCCCGCGGCUUCUACGGGUCCCAGUGUCAGAACGCUGUCUGCAGCCCCCCCUGCAAGAACGGAGGAUACUGCAUACGCAGCAACGUCUGCUCCUGUCCUGAAGGGUACACCGGGGGGCGGUGUGAGAAGAGCGUGUGUGAACCUAUGUGCAUGAAUGGAGGGAGAUGCAUCGGUCCAGAUGUUUGUGACUGUCCAUCUGGCUGGCGAGGCAGGCGAUGCGAUAAACCCACGUGUUUACAGAAGUGUCUGAACGGAGGAGAGUGUGUGGGGCCCAACACCUGCCACUGCCUCCCUGGGUGGCAGGGCAUGCUUUGCCAAGUCCCCGUCUGCGAGCAGAAGUGUCUGUUCGGGAGCCGCUGUGUCCGACCCAACGUGUGCGCCUGCAGGAGCGGAUACACUGGAGCCCUGUGUGCCAAAAAGACGAGGCUGAAGGUGGCACCUGUCUGA